GUCUGUUUUCCUCUUCACCAGCUCGUGAUAACACGUGCGCCGUUCAACACCUCUGCCUCCAGUGUCACAGAGCAGACACAUAAUGGGCUUCAGGCAGGCAGCCGUGCUGUCUUCGGUUUCCUUCUUUCUCGGUGUUCUAUUUAUUUGCCUCAAUGUCGACUAUCGGUUACUCUUCCAUUUGAACGAACAGGCGGUGGAGGAUGGGUUCCAGCUGUAUACAACGUUCUAUAGCGCACCACCCGCAAUUAAGGCGAUGCUCUACGGCAUUGGAGGGGUCGGGAUCAUUGGCCUGACCUCGAAAGUCGCAACAUGGGAUGAAAGUGCUCUGUUCUUCGAUGGUUCAUCGCUUGCCGCGUACAUAUUCAGCAUCGCGCUGUACUUCACUGUGACCAUACCAUCCGUCCAGACGGUCGUUGAUCCUGUGCCAGAUGUCGAUACUCGGGAGGACCAAAUCGAAGCUAUGCGGAUUUUAUCAGCAAGCAAUACUCUUGCUAUGAUGCUUUUGGGAGGGAUCUUGGCCCUUCAGGCUGGACAAGAAUAUGCGAGGCGCUUAGAGCAGAGGGAGUUGGCCAGAGCUGCAGCGCUCGAGAAAACGGAGGGUAGCACGCUCGAAGUAAAAAAGGAUCAAUGAGGUCGUUGCCAUCCGGUAAUGCGGGCUCUCACCAGGUUGCUUAAGAUAGCGUCAUGCACAUGGUACUUCUAGGAAAGCUCCCAUACCGUGUUUGGGACAUUAUUUAUGGAGGAGAGCUGUAUCCGAGUUGAAUUAAAUCUUUUUCCUAGCUGCUACGAUACUUCUCUUCUCGAGAAUGAGUGUAGU